CUAAGGAGUGAGGCAGACAUGGUCCCAGGCCAUCAGAAACCUUUUACAACAGAUCUGCUGGUGGCUGCACACAGGAUUCAGCCACCACCAUGUGUCUGAGAAACCCCCUCACAUCUCAAGAGACAUGUCCAGCAACUGGCUAAAAUCUCAGUGAGAGAGAAGUUAGGCUCCAUUACAGAUCAUCUGAUGGGAUAAGGGAACCGGAAGGAAGAUGCAGUUUUGAGAAGGCAGAGACACGCCCAAGUUUGUUCAGUGAAAAGCAGCCCUCUGUGCUUGUAGCCCUCCACACUAAGGGCCAGGUGACUAGCGGCUUGUGGGUGAUUCCUUGCAUGUAUGGGCACCCUGAAGACCUUUGCAAGAAUGACAUCUUUGCAUCUGAGGCUGGGCUUCCUCCUUUCAGUUGGUUGGCUGGCAGCUGCUGCAACUUCUUCUGGGACGUAUCCAUGCUUGAGCAGCCCUGUCAAUGAAGCUGUUGUAUGUGCUUCAGUGAAAAGUGUUACCCAGGAGAUGCUUCUUGAGAUAGCCCAUGGUCAAGCUUCCCCCUGCAACCUCACGUUUGGUCAAUACGCUUGUGCGCAGAGUGCUUGGCUCCAGGACCUUAAGGACGAUUUCCUCAUAUCCUUAUAUUCUUGCCUUAGCCCUAAGCCUGUCGAUGCAAUGGAUCCAGCAUACUCCAUUCUGUUCUUUUCCAAAUACGAUGCUAACAAGCUUGUAGCUGCCCUGACUACCUUCAGCCAGCAGUUUUCUCACGUGCCUCUCUCCCAAGAGUGGAGCAUGAUCUUCACUAAUGGCCUGUGGGAGAAGAUGUUACAAGUACCUGACAUUGACAGCCCACCUGUUUUGUUUCAAUGGGUCCAUGAGGGGCUUCAGCCAUUCCUGGUCAAGCCCACAGUCUUUGCUUGCCUCCAUGCCAAAAACGUGUUGUGUAGGACUUUUCAGAAGAUAGUUACUGCCCUGAAUGGCAUCUAUUCUAACCUUCCAGUAGAAGAACAGAGGAAUCUUUACAAUGGGAUCAAGUACUAUCUUAUCCAGGACGGGUCAAAACAGAAAUGCUACAGUGCAGCCAUUCCUGGUCUGAAUUCUACUGCUUGGUUUGAAAAUUAUCUAGGAUCCUUUAUGGAGCACGCUACUGUUGGAGACUUGCAGCUUUUUGCUGAUGAAUCAACACUUCAACAAUUUGCCAGAGAUCCAGUCAAUAUACAAAUGGUCAGCAACCUCACCUUGCUCCGGGCAACAGCCGUGUAUUACACCUUGCUGCUGACUUCUGGGCCCAGCUUCCCCUUAUCAAGUCUCCCAGACAGAUUUGUUUGCUACCUGAGCCCCUCCGCAGUGAGCAACCUAAGCAGAGAUGAGGCUUUGAGCUUAGCCCAGAGGAUCAGUAAGAACUGCCCCACGAACCUGACGCACACGGGAGCAAAUAAGGAGAGAGCUCACUCUUCCUCCCUGACAACAGAGGAGCUGCAGGUUGCAUCCACUCUGGUGAGAAAGUUUGAACGUUUCCCUCCUGCAAUCCUGCGUGCAUUGGGCCAGGCUGCUGUUGGGCUGUCUGUAUCCCAGAUAGAGAACAGCAUCAGUGGUAAAGACCUUGAAGCAUCUCUUCCUGCCCUGAGGGAAGUUCAUGGCUGGAAUGCUGAACAGUCCAGUUCUAUUAUCAACAAAUUGCUCAGCUCUGGCUAUCAGAUCCCAGAUGGCCAGAGCCUGGCAAAGCUAGGGAGCUUGGUGGCUGGCCUCAACAGCAGCCUACUUCAAAGUCUGCCUCCAAAGGUGAUCUUGGAAGCCAUUAAGUUGCCUGAGUUUGCUCAGCGAAUGGUGACCCUACCCUCUGCUCUGAAAAUGGCAUUUGUGGAAAAGAUUUCUUCCACUGUAGGCCACCCUACUGACCUGGUUAAGUACAUCCCUGAUGCUCUGGCCAGUUACAUUCCAAAAUCAUUGCUUGUUUUUGGGGAAGAGAAGCCUAAUAUUCAGGAUCUCAAUCAGAAAACUUGGACUCGAGAACAGGCUGCCAUGUUUUUCAGCGAUGUGAUGAAGACAGAGCCUGAUUUCAGCAGGCUUUCCCAGUCUGUCCUCCAAGGCUUCACAUGUGCAGCUGCCAAUGAGAUGGAAACGGAAAGUUUUCAGCAGCUGGCCAAAGUCAUGAAGCAGAAGAAUGUCAGCCUAGGAGAAGAUGAGCUGAGGUGCUUGGUGAAGAUGGUGACACUGCAUGGGAUUCCCAAGGAUUUAGACAAUUAUCCUAAAGACCUGUUACUGUUUUUAAGUCCUUCAGACUAUGCAACAACAGGAAGCUGUUGGCAAUAUUUUGCUAAUGUUGGGAAAGCAAAUCUUGAUGUUCUGCAAAGAGAGUCCUCCCAGCGGAAACAGUUGCGGUUGGAAGCUUUAGCAUGUUUGAAAAUUCCUGGCACACAAAUAAAUGAGGAAAACGCAGAGGUUCUGGGUCGUCUGGUCUGUGACCUGGGUGGAGAAUACAUUACAAGUUCUGGUGGGAUUUUGCUGAAGCAAUUAAGCCAGUGUGAAUCUUUCCUGCCUGAUCAAGAGGAGGCUAUUAGGAGUGUUGUUCGCAGUGGAAACACUACAUUUGGGCCUCCUUCAAUGUGGUCAGCUUCUACCUUGAACGAGCUCAGUGGAUUGAUUCCUGUGUUUGAUCACAGCAUCUUGCAGAAGAUCCCCAAGAAUGUUUUAACCCUUUGGCUGAAAAACUUUGCCUAUGAUUCAUCUCUGUCGAGGGAACAGCUGGCCUCCAUCGUCGAAGAACUCCUGCCUUCUCGGCAUAAGCGUGCUGCUGGAUGCCCAUCUGACAAGACGAUAACACAAGAAGUUCUUGAGGAUGAUCUGAUGCCUAUUUACUAUACCCCUGAGGAGUUGCAUGCUUGCUUGAAGAAUGUCUCUCUGGUGAAUCACCUCUCUCAGAUACUGAGCUACCCCUUCUCUGUUCAGCAAUUAGCUGUGCUGAAGAGGAAUCUCGAUGAGACAUAUCCUGAUGGGUAUCCUGAAAGUCUCCUCCCCAAACUGGGCCCCCUGGCUCCUUUCCUCACCUCUGAGGACAUUAGCAAAUGGAAGAUAAGUUCAGCUGACACGCUGGCUGCCUUGCUCCGGGAUCAGCCCUCUGACAGAGAGGCUGCUGCAAUGAUAAAACGAUAUGUUACCUUGGGAAAUCGUUUGAACGCCACUGCGCUGAACGCAAUUGGUACGAAAUAUGUGUGCCUUCUAAAUGCAACUGAGUUGAACGCGAUAGACUCCAACAGCUUGAAAAUAGCAUCUCUUGAUCCUUCAGCCUGUUCACAGCUUACUAAAGACAUCUUGUACCAAAAAGCAAAACGUGCUCUCUCAGACCAGCACAAUUCACGUGCUUACUAUGCUCUCAUCAAACCAUAUCUAGGGGGCGCUCCUGGUGUGGAUCUUGGAGCUCUAAGCAAGGACCACGUGAACAUGGAUAUUGAAACUUUCAUGAAGUUAAGAAGAGACUCUUUGCUGAGCCUGACGCCUACUGAGGUAAAGAGCUUGCUGGGAAUGAAUCUCAAAGCCCUGACGACUGUACAGAACAAGUCACCUAUCCGGGAGUGGGUCCAAAAGCAGAAACAGUCCGACCUGGAUAAACUGGGUGUUGGGCUCUUUGGGGGAACACAGGAAGGUUAUAUCAAUUUUGUCACACCCAAGUUUCAGACACCAUCCUCAGCUCCCCUGGGUGCCGUGGCCAUGGUCUUCCACCUGCCUGCUCUCCUUCUCAGUUUCCUGAUGGUUUUGGUCUUGUCUUGAAAAUCUUCGCUCAGGAGAAAGCAAGAUGAGGAGGACCAGCCUGUGACCUGCUCUGAGGCCUGUCAGUGGACCGCCAUGGUUGGAGGGUGGGGGAGGAUGCUCAGUGCUAGCAGGCAACUAUUAUGGAGCCCAGCGUUCAUUUUUUAGGUACUUUUCUUUUUGAAAUCACUAGAAAAAAGUCAGGAUAUUUUGUCUGAAGGGAAGAUUUCAGACUCUUCAGAGCAGAAAUUUUCUUUUUUGCCUUUUGUACAGAGCCUAGCCUACGUAAGGCCCGGCUACAUUACUGCAACACAACCCAUGUCAAUAUUUUACUGCAUAACUGUGGUGGGUUUAAGGGUGAACAAAUUGGCUCUUCAGUAUGUUAAUGAUUGCAUUUCUCAAAGAGUCUGAUCUCUACCCUGCCAGUGGGAGUGAAG